GCCGCGCCGCGCCCGCGCCGCCGGAAGUGAGGUGUCGGGGGCCCACUUCCGGCUCGCGGGGGGUGGGGGUGUUGUUAACCGGAGCCGCCUCCGCAGUCGCGGGCAUCGAGCGGCUGGCGGCGCUGGGCUCCUGGUCGCCAAGCCGGGGCGAUGUUCCGCACGGCCGUGAUGAUGGCGGCCAGCAUGGCGCUGACCGGGGCCGUGGUGGCCCACGCCUACUACCUCAAGCACCAGUUCUACCCCACCGUGGUGUACUUGACCAAGUCGAGCCCCAGCAUGGCUGUCCUCUACAUCCAGGCCUUCGUCCUGGUCUUCCUCCUGGGCAAGGUGAUGGGCAAGGUGUUCUUCGGCCAGCUGCGAGCCGCCGAGAUGGAGCACCUCCUGGAGCGCUCCUGGUACGCCGUCACCGAGACCUGCCUGGCCUUCACCGUCUUCCGGGACGACUUCAGCCCCCGCUUCGUGGCGCUCUUCACCCUCCUGCUGUUUCUCAAGUGUUUCCACUGGCUGGCGGAGGACCGUGUGGACUUUAUGGAGCGCAGCCCCAACAUCUCCUGGCUUUUCCACUGCCGCAUCGUCUCCCUCAUGUGCCUCCUGGGGAUCCUGGACUUCCUCUUCGUCAGCCAUGCCUACCACAGCAUCCUGACCCGCGGGGCCUCCGUGCAGCUGGUGUUUGGCUUUGAGUACGCCAUCCUGAUGACCAUGGUGCUCACCGUCUUCAUCAAGUACGUGCUGCACUCGGUGGACCUGCAGAGUGAGAACCCCUGGGAUAACAAGGCCGUGUACAUGCUCUACACCGAGCUGUUCACAGGCCUCGUCAAGGUCCUGCUGUACGUGGCCUUCAUGACCAUCAUGAUCAAGGUGCACACCUUCCCGCUCUUCGCCAUCCGGCCCAUGUACCUGGCCAUGAGGCAGUUCAAGAAAGCCGUGACGGACGCCAUCAUGUCCCGCCGGGCCAUCCGCAACAUGAACACUCUGUACCCCGACGCCACCCCCGAGGAGCUGCAGGCUGUGGACAACGUCUGCAUCAUCUGCCGCGAGGAGAUGGUGACGGGCGCCAAGAGGCUGCCCUGUAACCACAUCUUCCACACCAGCUGCCUGCGCUCCUGGUUUCAGCGGCAGCAGACCUGCCCGACCUGCCGCAUGGACGUCCUGCGGGCCUCGCUGCCGCCCCAGUCCCCUCCGCCUGCGGAGCCUGCUGACCAGGCGCCCCCGCCUGCCGCCCACCCUCCACCCCUGCUGCCCCAGCCUCCCAACUUCCCCCAGGGCCUCCUGCCCCCCUUCCCUCCUGGCAUGUUCCCGCUCUGGCCCCCCAUGGGCCCCUUCCCACCUGUCCCGCCUCCGCCCAGCUCAGCAGAGGCUGCUCCAUCCACCAGUGCAGCAGCCCUCUCCCGGCCCAGCGGAGCCACCGCCACCACCACCAGCCCUGCUGGAGGCCCCGGCCCCACCGCCACUGAGGCCGGCCCGGCCGCCGGCUUCCCCUUCCCGCCUCCCUGGAUGGGCAUGCCACUGCCUCCGCCCUUCGCCUUCCCCCCCAUGCCCGUGCCCCCCGCCGGCUUUGCGGGGCUGACUCCCGAGGAGCUGCGUGCCCUGGAAGGCCACGAGCGGCAGCACCUGGAGGCCCGGCUGCAGAGCCUGCGCAAUAUCCACACGCUGCUGGACGCCGCCAUGCUGCAGAUCAGCCAGUACCUCACGGUGCUCGCCUCGCUGGGGCCUCCCCGGCCAGCCACCUCCGCCAGCCCCACUGAGGAGCCUGCUCCCACUGCUGGCACCGCUGCCACCUCCGCCAGUGUCCCCAGCCCCCAGGACACCACUCUGUCCUCAGGAGCCUCCUCACCAGCCUCUGAGCCUGAAAAGAUACCAGCUUCGUCCCCAGCUCCAGCUGCCGAGGCCGUGGGUGCGGAGGAGCCGCCUGAGGACGGGGAGCCUGACACUGCGGAGCUCCGGCGCCGACGCCUGCAGAAGCUGGAGUCCUCGGCCACUCACUGACGUGGCCCGUCCUGCCCCCACUGUCAUUCUGCCACCAAGUGCCAGCUCCCUCCACCCACACCAGGGAGUAGUAACCCCCAGAUCCGAGACAGAGGCGGCGGCGGCGGCGGCACCACCGCACAGCCAAGUGGAAAGAGGCCCAGGGCCCCAGCUGACUCCAGCCCCCCAGUCCUGGCCAGCCGUGGGGACCCUGAGUCAGGCCCGUCUUCCUGUCCUGCCCCGCAGCCCGGGCUGGCAGAGGUGUGGCCCCCAGGAGUCCUGUCUCCCGCCCUGCCCUCCUGAGAUGGGUAGCCCCUCCGAGCCCCACUUGCGUGGAGCUAUGCUGCAGUGCCCAACAGUAUUCGCUCCGUCCCCAAGUGUGGAUCCCCAGUGUGAAUCCCGAGGCUCAGCCCGCCGGGAGCCCACAGCCUGGCCUUGUCCAGGCUUCCCUCAUCCCCACCCCCACCCCGGAGCCAUCUGUGACAGUGGCUGUGCCCUUUGUGCCCUGUGGCAUUCCCACAACUUUUUUGGCAACCACACAACUCAGGGGAAGGAAUGCCUGGGGGUGGAGGGCAGGAGGGCAGCGCUGUGGGACCCCGCCCCUCCCUCUCCAAGGCUCUUCUGAGCCGGUCCUGGGGCUUGCCCAGCAGCCACUGCCCGGCCUCGCCCACGGUCUGCCUCUGAACCCUGCAAACUCCAGAGACCGCUUCUGCCCCUGCUAGACUAAGAGUGUGGAUCGGAUAUUGCUUCCUUGUCCUUGUCUUCCAGCUUCAAUUUUUGUCUUUGGAUUGAAAAGCUUGAACUUGAACCUGGGAGCGGGGAGCAGCAGGGCCAGGCCCCCAGCCUUUCCGGUUUAGAAAAGGUUCCUGGCCAGGCAGACACCCGGCCUGCCUACCCUGUCUUCCCCAGGCCCAUCAGUUUUGUGUUACAAGAGUUGCUGGAGACAUAUAAUUAUUUAAUUUGUAAAUACUGUACAAAUUUUAAUAGCUUAAAUUGUAUAUACGGCCAAUAAAAACUUGCAUUGACAGUU